AUGGAGGGUCUUAACAGUAUGAUUAGAGUGACAAAUCAGAAGGACUGGAUAAAGGGUUUCAACAUUGGUAAUCAGUUAGGGGUCAAUUUGAAGAUAAGUCACCUUUUAUAUGCAGAUGUUACACUAAUAUUUUAUGAUGCAAAGGCUGAACAAGUUAGUUACAUUAGAGUUGUUUUGGUGAUUUUUGAGGCCAUCUCCGGACUGGCUAUGAACUGGGGGAAAAGCAGCAUCUUCCAAGUUAAGGAAGUGGCAAAUAUUCAGAUGUUGGCAAGCAUCUUGCAAUGCAAGAUAGAGAACUUACCAACUACUUACUUGGGAAUGCCUUUGGGGAAUAAUCAUAAGGAGCUGGUGAUUUGGGAUGGAAUCAUUGAGAAGACAGAAAAAAGGUUGGCUAAUUGGAAGGCAAACUAUCUAUCUCUGGGAGAUGAGGCAUUAUGGAGAAGAGCAAUUCUCAACAAGUAUGGGCAGAUCAAGGAGUGGAUAUCUAAUGUAGCGGAUAGCACGUAUAAGGUAUCAGUUUGGAGAUCAAUCAGAAAUUUAUGGGAUAGUCUGAAGAAGAAUUUAGUGGUCAAGGUGGGAGAGGGUAACAAAUCCCCUCAUGGAUGGAACCUCACCUUCAGGAGAAAUCUAAAUGAUUGGGAAGUGGAUAGAAUUGUUGAACUGCUACUCAAAUUGGGUGAAUUCACGGGCCUUACUACAGAAGCAAAUGGUAUAAGAUGUAAACAUGACUCUGAUGGCAAGUUCUCUAUACGUAGGCCGUAUAAGAGAGAGGUCAUGACUCACUAUGGGGGAAUUCAUGGUCCAUGGAAACAAAUAUGGGAGGGAAAUACCCCAAUCAAGGCCGUAGAUGGAAGAACCCCAGUUUUUGUGCAGACCUCUAAUAGUGGUGCUACAUCCUCUGAGGACCCACUUCUUCAACAGUGA